UCAAUGAACAGGGCAGUGUUGAAAUGAAGAAAGCUACAUAAGAAAAUUUUAAAUCCUUAGUAAAUUUGGAAUAUAGAUUCUCCACUAACACCCGGCAUGAGGUCUUCAAAGAUCGAUGUUGCAACCAACACCAAAUCCAAAACUUGUGAAGUUGUUCACAUCCCAGUUUUCUCAGACCUCCAUCCUUGUAUUCCAAGGCGCUAUGUAAUGCCAUGGAAACAGGAUAUGAAAAACAGGAGGCUCAUUUUAAAGCAUCAAAAAUUAAGUGGAGUACCAAAUGAUGAAGGGGAGGAGAGUUUAUUCUUGGAAAAACGUGAACGGCUUUGCCAUGGAGAGGACAGACUCUGCCUUCAGGAUCAAAUGAACCAACUGACCCCAGGCAAUGUGCUUCAUAUUCCUAUGUCCUCCCAUCUCUCCAAGUACGGGGGCACUAUUAUACGUCGUUGGGGCAGAUCUCGCACCUAGAUAUUUUCUGAUUGAGCCACAUUCCUGUGUUCUUUGGCCAACAUAUAAGAGGUAGUUGGUAUUUCUGGGCCUGCUAGUCAUUAGAUGAUAUUUCUUCCAUGCUUGGAAAGAAUAAAUAAGCGUAUCACUGUCUCAAUAAAAUUGUAGCAUUAACUCAA